AUGAAGAGGGGUGAGUCGGGUGACUCCUCAGUGGUGAGUGGAUUGGAGAAAUGCUGGAAGAGGCUGUGGAGCUUGGAGAUUUCAGGGACAGUGAAACACUUUUUGUGGAAAGCAAGUCAAGAUGUGUUGCCAACUAGGAAGAACAUUUGUAAGAAACAAGUUCUUACGAAUCCUUUGUGUAUGAUCUAUAAGGAAGAUGAAGAAAUAGUCACUCAUGUGCUAUGGAGGUGUAUUGUAGCCAAUGACAUAUGGGCGGAUAAUACUAGCCUAGUUCAAAAAUGGAGUGUGAACGAAAGUGAAUUUAUGGAGCUAUGGAAGAGAUUUAGUGAGUGUUUGACAGAAGCUGAGCAGAAAUGGGUAGCUGUUGCUAUGUGGAGGAUUUGGCUAAGAAGAAAGCACUUCAUGUUUCAAGGCAAGAUGAUGGAUCCUAGGAAGAUAAUCCAAGUUGAAGGUUUCAUUAAGGCCAAUUGGGACGCAGCAGUUGAUGAAGGUGCAAGGAGAAAGGGAAUUGGGGUGAUUGUGCGUGAUCAUGAAGGGGAGAUAUUGGCAUCGCUGUUUGUCAACAAGCCAUUUCAUUCAAAACCAGUUUUAGCCGAAUGUUUUGCUUCGUGUAGAGGUGAUGCACAGGUGCUUGUGAAGGCAGUGAACACUAAGGGUGAAAAUUGGCUUUGGUUUGGACAAAUUGUGGAAGAUAUACAAGAAAUGCUUCAAAGGAUGGCUUCCAUUGCCAACAUUGUUCCAUUGAUAAAGGUUGUUUCACUUUGGAGACCUGAUGCAGCAAAAGUCCUCUCCAGUCUCAGCAAGUCUUGGUCUUCUGACCAAUUCUCCAGGGCGCCUUUAGCUAAAGAAGAAAAAGGAAAGAAAAUACAUGACAAAGCGCUCAAGGCCUACGAGGCUUUCGAUUUUAUGUAUUCAGCCUUCUUGGCUCUCAGUGAUCAAAGAGUGAAAAUGAUUUUUGAACUUCUUUAA